ACAGCCGAAUUAACUAUAUUAGACAAAGUGACCGGAAAAAAUUGAAAAUUGAAGAGAGUCGUCAAUCAUCGUCCUCUGUUGUUCCGGAGACACUCAGUUCGGAAAUUAUUAAUGCAAUUGCAUGGUUGCAACUAAACCGACAGCCAUGGGCGAGUGUAAUGUCUCACUGGGAAAUUACCUUUCCGGACAGGAAAGUUAUGCUUAGGGACAAAAGAAAAUUCACUAAGCUCUUGGAUAAAUAUCCACAAAUUCAAGAUGAGUUCGGCUAUCAACUGCUAGACAUCGAUUAUCAGUUGCUAGGUUUUGGAAAUCCGUCAGAAAAACAGAAAAAGUGGGCCCUUUUGUUGGACCCAAUCGCCGAGUACGUCGCUAAAAAUGGAAAAGAUCUCUCAGUUAAAGAACUAUUGCCUAUAAUAACCAACACUGAAAAUUCUUUGGACACUCGUUUACUCGCAGCCCUAAGAGGACUGAGCGCAGUAUUGAUUCCAGUAAAAGCUGCCAAUGGUUUCAAGCCUACCAUAGCAACAGCGCAAAGUGACACUUUUUGCAUCGUCAAAUCAAAGGAAGAAGUCUUUGAGAAUUUAAAGAAGACAAACAGCGUAUUGCAGAAUGAAACUGGCGUUCUAAAAUUAUUUAUCUUGGGAGAAAAUCUAUUUGCUGUUGGAGAAUGCGUUAUUGUAUUUGGAGAUAACCAUUAUGUGCUACCGAACGUAGUUAGAGGAUUAGACGUUUUCGUGAAAAUUGCUUUGGUGCUUGGUUUGCCUACUUCAAAGGUAUCCAAACUGAUCUGGGAGUUUGUGCUAAAAUUCAUUUACAAUACUGAUAAAACCAUCAACUACGUUUCAGUUAAAAAAUUGAUCAAAUUUAUCGAAUCAUGUACGUCAAAUGUUGCGUUAUGAACUGCUCGGUGGAGUUUUCAACCAUGGAUGCUUUCUUAGCACAUAUCGAUGAGCAUCGACCACCAUCUAACUUUGAAUAUCGUUGUCCGUUUCCUAACUGCCCUCAGCUAUUCAAAAAGACAUACUCAUUCAAGCGUCAUUUUAAAUUACAUAAAUUUUUAUCAAUCGAAGAUCCAAAAUCGUUGUAUAAAGAACAACCGUAUAGAACCA